UCCACGCCUAAUUUGCCGAUAGCAAUUCCAAAUUGUCUCGCGCCGUAUUUUUGGGGUUUAUCGGUAUGUAUUUAAUUUUUACGGCCUCACGUCGGGAAAUUGUCUCACGCCGUAAAAUUCUGCUUUUUUCGAUUGUCCGUCAGUUAUUCUGGGAGUCUCCAUUCAUUGUAGGUGGACAAUGUUGUUCCUUCCCACGUGGUACUUGCUACAUCCCAUAGGCGUUUAUAUCGUCAUAACUGCCCUGCAUACCGUUCAGUGGCACCGCCAAAAAUACUAUGUAAAAACUGACAAAAUGAAGAUGAGAAAAACAAAAAACAAUAUCAAGCUCUUCCUGGAAAUUUUUGUGAUUCGAAUUAUUAUGGCAUUGUUUUACAAAUUUGCAAUGCGUGUGUGCAUUACAAAUGCACAGGAAAAAGAAAAACUAAAUCAGGCCUCCAGGGGUGUCCAUUAUAGACAAAAGCUAACAUUAACGAGACAAAUGACCGUAGAGAACAACAAAAUCAGGGCAUUCCAAGUCGUGAAACUUUUGGAUGGAUUGUGUCAGAACAACUUAAUGAAGAUAUACAAACUGCAGCAUGCCAUUCCACUUUUCCCAAAAUCAUCAUUUCUGUGUUUGAUGCUGGUUUGCAGGUAUCAGACAUUGACUCCAACAUCGACUCCACUUGGCUUCACAGGUCUGAGCGUGUCUUUAUCCCAAUGGCUAGUUGUCGGAGAUGACAUAGUUUCCCUCACACACUCUAGGUUUAAGUUGUGUACAUUGUCAAUUACGCCACGACGUAAGUUGAGCUGAUUCUCUGAUCGUCUCCACCUAAAAGUAAGCCAAAUUUUAUGAUCAAGACUAUCAGAUUAGUGGCCAAUGAACAUGAGAUAGUUUUGCAAGUGCUCUCCUCUACUCUUCAAGCUUCACAAAAGCUGGGUGGUUACCCUAUGUUCAAUGAAUUGAUAUCAAUGAAUUUUCAUUGAUUAUACUUAAAUAUUGAUAAAGUAGACGUGUUCUCAUAAAAUAUAACAAGGAUGUACUUAAUGACUACAUGAUUGGCUAGAUUCCUUGAAUAUUAUCAAUUUUGGGCAUUGAAAACAUGAAAUAAUUAAAAUAAAUUAGAAACA